AUGACUGAAAAGUCGGCUUUUGGCCAGAUGGAUGAAAAUAUUGAGACAAAAGAACGUUUUUUCGAAAAGCAUAAGCUUGAAUGGGAGUUACGCCAACGUGAGGAAGAAAUCGCUGAGCUCCAGAAGGCCCUGAGUGACAUGCAGGUUUAUCUCUUCCAGGAGAGAGAUCAUGUCUUAAGGCUCUUUGCUGAAAAUGACCGCCUGAAGAUACAAGAACUGGAAGAUAGAAAAAGAAUCCAGCAUCUGUUAUCAUUAUCAAGCCCAUCAGGUCCUGAAGUGACAUACUUCCACAAAGAACCAUCAACGCGGGCAAUUGUCACACAGAAACACCCACAAAAGAGACAUCCACAUUCCAACAGCGCCCAGCCCAAAGCUGUCCAUCCUGAUUCAGACCAGCAGCAGGCAGAGCCAGAGAGUCUGUUGCUACAGAUUGAAGCUCUACAAUCUCAGAUGAAGGAACAAGCUGAGCUAUCUAGAGAGCGGACGGAAGCCUUGCUGGAGGAUCGUAGGGUCAGGAUGGAAGAGAUGCAGACUGUGAUUGAGAGAGAUCGCUCCAAGAUUCACUCCCUCAAUGAAAACGCCCAGCCCAAAGCUGUCCAUCCUGAUUCAGACCAGCAGCAGGCAGAGCCAGAGAGUCUGUUGCUACAGAUUGAAGCUCUACAAUCUCAGAUGAAGGAACAAGCUGAGCUAUCUAGAGAGCAGACGGAAGCCUUGCUGGAGGAUCGUAGGGUCAGGAUGGAAGAGAUGCAGACUGUGAUUGAGAGAGAUCGCUCCAAGAUUCACUCCCUCAAUGAAAAGUUACAUCGUACACAGCAGAUGUUGUAUGACAGCACUAAGGACUAUCUAGAGCUGAAGUAUGAAGGACGAUCUCAGGAGCGAGUCUGGAUGGCAGAGAAGGACCGUCUACUACAGGAGCUGGAUCGAUGUAAGGAACACUAG